AUGAAAAGCAAGAGCAGCAAUCUGGCGGCUUAUCAACGAAAUCAUCCAACACCAUCGUUAGCCGAUCGAGCAGUGGUUGGUCUGUGUUGGGCUCUACUACUUCUCACUUUUCCGCUAUCGUUAUUCUUUUGCGUGAAAGUCGUCAAUGAAUACAAAAGAAUGGUAGUGUUUCGACUUGGUAAGAUCUGGAAUUCUCGACCGAGCGGUCCUGGUAUUGUUUUAGUGUUUCCGUUUGUUGAUCAACAUGAAACUGUUGACUUACGAACAAUGUCCUAUGAUGUGCCGACGCAAGAACUACUUACAAGGGAUAGUGUGACAGUUUCUGUUGAUGCAGCUGUUCACUACAGAUCAAGGGAUCCGAUCGCAUCUUUGUCAGAGGUUUAUGAUGUACAUUAUUCAACAAGACAAUUGGCCCAGACUACACUACGAAAUGUUCUUAGUAUGAGAACUCUUGCCCAAAUUAUGACAGACAGGCAAACUAACGCCGCACAUGUAAAGCACAUUCUUAAUAAAGUAACAGCAGUAUGGGGAAUUCGAGUAGAAAGGGUGGACAUUAAAGAUAUUCGAAUUCCACGAGAUUUGUACAUUGCCAUGGCUGCAGAAGCGGAGGCAGUACGAGCAUCAGAAGCGAAACUCAUUUGUGCACAUGGCGAAUUAGGUGCUUCUGUCGCACUACGUCGCGCUGCAGAUGAACUUGCUUCGUGUCCAGCCGCCAUGCAGUUAAGGUAUAUACAUUCACUUCUAAAAAUAUCUGCACAUCACAACCAUACUAUCGUCUUGCCAUUGCCGACAGAACUUGUAAAAACCGUCACCGACUCAGUUAACCUUCAAAGAAGGUCGUAA